UCCUGUUGGAGAAUGGGUUGUUUUGUAUGGAAAGAAUUGCUUUAUAUAUCCAGGUCUUAUUGAUGCACACAUUCAUGUUGAGUCUCUUGGAAAUAGACUAUUUUGGCCAAGUCUAUCUUGUUGCACUAGUACUCUCGAAAGCUCAGGCAAGAUAUAUUUUAGAACGCUUUUGGCAAUCAAAGGAGGGAUUGGAAGGUCUCGAAUAUUUGUUGGCUUAUGGUUGGAAUGAUGAACUUUGGAGUGACGAGGAUAGAGUGAAGUGGAACGCUGACUUUAUAGACCAAUCUCCUAUAUUAGCAAACAUACCCACAGUUCUCUAUAGAAGAUGUUUACACGUAUGUUUAUUGAACAAAAAGGCCAUGGAAUGGAUUCACCGUGAUGACUACUGGAAUGAGUUACAAGAAAGAAGUUAUGUCAAGACGGAUAGUUUUGGAAGGUUGAAUGGAUUGCACGUAGAGAAAGCUGCUUUUCUUGUUCAGAAAUAUCUCCCUUCUCCUACAAUAGAAGAGAGAGCUCUUAAAGUAGAUUGUGCUAUGAGAUAUCUUUCCUCUUUAGGUAUUACUUCUGUUCAAACCAAUGAUACAGAUGAUGCAUGGAAGGUCUAUCAUUAUUUAUUAUGGAAUCAUUCACAAGAGAAAGAUUUAUGCGUACGAGUAUAUUUGACUUUUAUGUGGGAAGAAGUAUUUGAUUCAGAUACUUUUCAACCAAGACAAUUGAAAGCAAAGGACUUGCCAGAAUAUCUUUGGCCUAAAAGAACGGGAGUGGGAAAUGCCUAUUUACGCUGGGGUCGACUAAAGCUGUUUGUGGAUGGUUCAUUGGGAGCUAAGACAGCAGCCCUUUUGCAGCCUUACCAAAAUGAACAAGACAACUAUGGAAUUCUGUUGAUGGAUAAGGAAGAGUGUACUCGCAAAAUUACUGUCGCCUAUCAAAAUGGUUGGCAAUGUGAAACUCACGCUAUUGGAGACCGAGCAGUAGAAAUGACCAGUGAAAUUUAUGCCAAUGUUACUUGUGCUAAUCAACGACCAGUGUUGACUCAUGCGCAAUUGAUUUCCCAAGCCAGUUUGCAAUAUAUGAAACAAUCUGGAACUAUUGCAAAUAUUCAACCCAGUUUUCUUUCUUCAGAUUAUCCGUGGAUAGAGUCAAGAAUAGGUGCAGAAAGAAUCUCUUUUGCUUAUGCAUGGAAAACAAUAAGUGACUUUGGUAUUCUUCUAUCUGGUGGUUCUGAUGCUCCUGUGGAAGAUGCUUCACCUUGGAAGGGCAUUUAUGCAGCUAUCGAGAGAAAGGAUGAACAGAAAGAACCUCAUCCAGAUGGCUGGCAUUCUGAAGAGAGAUUAUCUUUGGAAAUGGCACUUUCGUUGUAUACGGAAAAUGCUGCUAUAGCAGAAUAUUCAGAACAGGAAAAGGGUCAAUUGAAAAUAGGAUAUUAUGCCGAUAUGCUACUGUUGUUGGAGGAAAAGUUGUUUAUCAGAAAGAGAAUUUUUCUGAUUACAUUAUUACUUUGGAACAACUUGAGUCUACACAAUGGACAAGUUGAGCCAAUGAUGAAAUGGAUUGGAAGAAUUGGCGGUGGGUUUAGCAAUCGUUGGAUACAUAAAACACGUCCUUGUAAGCGGAUUGAUGCCGCCUCAUUUGGUACGCAAACUAUUUUGAAAACAACUUUACAUAAGAAUACAAAGAAUAUUGGUUUACCAUUAUCUUCGUGUUUACGACGAUUCAGUUUUUGUACCAUGUCAACGAACAAAGAGUCUUCCGUGGACCAGCUUACUUCUGCUUUGUUAGAACAAGAUGAACGUGUUCGUAAUAUGCGUCUACAAAAUUGUCAACACGAAGAGUUGGACUUGGAAGAAGAAAGACUAAAGGAACUGCAUAGAAAGUUGAAUCAAUUGUUGAAGGAAACAGGAGCUGCUUCUGUCGAUGACUCUGAAAUGCAGACGAACUUUCCCAGAGAAGCCUUGGAAGGGUUGCUGAAAAGAAGAUUUUUUAUUGCUCCAAGUUUUGAAAUCUACGGCGGAGUUGCAGGUCUCUAUGAUUAUGGUCCUCCAGGGACAGCAGUGAAGAAUAAUAUUAUUCAGUUGUGGAGGCAACAUUUCGUAGUGGAAGAGAAUAUGCUGGAAUUGGAGGGUUCUUGUUUGACGCCUGACAUAGUCUUACGUGCAUCAGGCCACGUAGAUAAAUUCAGUGAUAUGUUGGUAAAGGAUAUAGAGACAGGUGACUGUUUUCGUGCAGAUCAUUUGUUGAAAGAACAACUCAACAAGUUGUUACAAGACAGUAACUUGUCAGUGGAGAAAAGAGAACUUGCGGAGACUACGUUGACGACCAUCGACGAGAUAGACUUGGACGAAAUGGCAAAACAGUUGAAACAUUGGAAAGUUUGUUCCCCAGAGACAGGAAAUCGUUUAAGUGAUCCUUAUCCGUUUAAUCUAAUGUUUCAAACUUCUAUUGGACCAACUGGAUUGUUACCUGGUUUUUUACGUCCUGAGACAGCUCAAGGCAUUUUUGUCAACUUUCGAAGGUUGUUAGAUUAUCAAGGAGAUAAACUGCCUUUUGCGUGUGCUCAAAUAGGAACUGCCUUUCGCAAUGAAAUUGCUCCCCGUUCUGGUUUAUUAAGGGUUCGAGAAUUCACUCAAGCAGAGAUUGAACACUUUGUUCAUCCAGAAAGGAAAGAACACCCUAAAAUAGAAAAAGUUUGUCAAGUCAAGGUUCGUUUAUUCCCCAGAAGAAGUCAGUUGACUACUCGACAAGCAGUUUCUAUGACCAUUCGGGAAGCGCUGGAGCAAAGAAUCAUCGAUAAUGAAACUUUGGGUUAUUUCAUUGCACGAACUCAACUUUUUGCGCUGAAGAUUGGUUUAGAUAUUCAUAAGAUUCGUUUUAGACAACAUUUACAACAUGAAAUGGCCCACUACGCCAAGGAUUGUUGGGAUUUAGAAGUGGAAUCAUCUUAUGGUUGGAUUGAAUGUGCUGGUUUAGCUGAUCGUGCAUGCUACGACUUGCAAAAUCACAGUGAGAAAUCUCACGUUGAUUUGACAGCCUUUGAAGUCUUUCCUGAAAAGAAACAAAUGGAAGUUUGGGUUGCAGAGUUUAACAAAGGAGUGUUGGGUAAAACAUUUCGACAUGAGGCAGCUCCUAUCAUGAAAACAAUAGAUGCACUUUCUGAAGUUGAAAAACAAAAUCUGCAAAGAUGUCUUGAGAAGGAAGGUUCUAUUUCAGUCAGUGUACAAGACAAGCAAUACAACCUUACAAAAGAUAUGGUUUGCUUUAAGAAAGUUACAAAGUCACUAAGUGGUCAAAGCUAUUAUCCUUCAGUUAUCGAACCUUCCUUUGGGAUUGGUCGAUUGUUGUACUGUGUUUGGGAACACAACUUUUAUAUUCGAAGUGGAGACGAUGAGCAACGUGCAGUUUUGUCAUUACCCGCUAUGGUUGCACCUUAUAAAUGUACAGUUCUUCCACUCAGUAAGAACGUUGUAUUUCAGACACUCAUAACUCAAGUGGGAGAAAAGUUAACCCGUUUAGGUAUUCAACACAAAGUGGAUGAAAGUGGUGUCUCUAUUGGAAAACGUUAUGCUCGAGCUGAUGAACUUGGAAUUCCAUUGGCUAUCACUAUCGAUUUUGAUAGUUUACAAGAUGGCUCUGUCACUUUGAGAGAAAGAGACUCUACGAAGCAAGUUCGAGGUUCUGUUGAUGAAAUCAUACAGGAAGUCAACUUAUUAUCCGAUGGCAAAGCAGAAUGGAAAGAUGUGAUGCAAAGACAUCCCAUCUUCGAAGCAAACAGCACAUAAAGACUGCUUCUACAAGUCUUUAACUUUGGUUUCACAAAUCCUCCAACCUUCGUCACCCAAAUCUAGUUCGUCAUCCAUUUUCCAUCCAAGUGUUGUUAGUUGCAAUGUGAUAGAGUAAAGUUGGUCCAACUUUAGAUUCCUUUGCCCUUUGCUCAACGCAGU